CGCUCUCUGUCUAAUCUGAACCGCCCUUCUCCUCCGCCUCUUCCACGGGAACUCCAAAGGGAGUUUGAGGAACUUCAGCGCCAGGCCCAAGCACCUCUUUCUUCGGGUACUCCGUUGUCUGAUGUGGAAGCAGAACUGGCAAUGCACCCCGAUGCGCGGAAACCCGUGAAACCGGCCUUCGAAGGAGACGUGAAUCCAGUGACAGGAGAGCAAGGUGGCCCCAAGCAGGAACCCGUCAAACAGUGGGGAACGGAAGACGGCGGGGAUUGGAGCUUCAAGGGUCGUGUGUCAGACUUUUGA